UUAUAAGUUCUAGGGUUUUUGUCUUUUCCUUUUUUCUUCGAACAAAAAAUGGUCAAGCGUCAGAUCAUCUGAAUAAAAGAAUCCAAGACAAAUUUACGACAAGUAAAUAUGGAUAGAUUAUCAGAAGAUAUGUGCCUUAAGAUUUUCCGUUUUCUGGAUCAGCAGAGCCUUUCCACUGCUCACCAAGCAAUUUGGUGUCGCAAAGUUUGCAGGAAGUGGAAGGUCUUAGCCUCGGACAACAAUCUGUGGUGUAACCUAUUCAAGGAAAGAUGGGGAGGAGAUCGCGCCGCAUUUUAUGCCCCUGCCGAUUCAAGAUCUUGGAAAGAUGUGUAUGAGGUGCAAGAUCGAUGUGAUCGAGUUGGAUUGGGGUUGAAAAUAAUCAGAGAAGGCAUUGACUACAAUCUUGUUCACCAAGGUGAAGUCCAACGCUACUUGGGUUCCAGAAGUCAAAGAGGAGAUGAUAAUUGUACAUCCAAUUCUGAAGAAGAGGAAUCCAGGGAAGGCAUUCUGAACAGAAUCCUUUUCUUCAUUAGAGACUUGGAAGUUGCUUCAACGGAUGCCAAACGCUGCCGAAUGCUAUGAAUAUGAUGGUCUUGGAUGGCAACUGUUAAAGACUAUGCAUUAUCACUAUGUAGAAACAUUUGUAUAUUUAUUCCAGUUGUAAUGUAAACAUAUUCACAAAUUGAAACUCACACAUCAAGUUCAACAGGCCGGGGCCAUAACUUCCCCAA